UCCCAAUUCCAGAAUGGCUCAAAAAUCAAGAUCAAGCAUGAACAUUGACCUAAACAACGAGCUCACUCAUCCUAUUUCAAACUCAGAUUCGCACUGCUCUUCAGAGAGGAAAGGAGGAACCGGCAAACUGGUCCUUCCGAAGGAGGGGAACAAGAGGAAGAGGUAUAAGGAGAGAUACCAGGAUUGUGGCAGUGGAAGAGGCCAGAAAGCAUGCUUGAGUGCAUUGAAGAACCAAAGUCAAGAGGAAGUGUCAAAAAUGGAGAAUACAAACAGUACUAACUUUUACAUGAACCAAAAAUUUUUGAGCAAAGAUGAGGCUGAGCCACCCGAAAAAUCUGCUAUUUCAAAUAUCAACAAGGAUGUGAACAUACAGAUCUCACAAGACAAUUUGGAAGGAGAGAUAUCUUCUGACUCUAACUUCCUCGUCUCCCCCAUAAAUAUUCAAGAGUCGAAAUAAAUUAGAAAAUAUAGCUAAUCCAAAGAGCUUACGUAAACGGCCGCAGACAAGAGUUAGAAAAUUGAGCUCGAGUUCUCGCAAGAAAGAUAGAUUCAAUAUAAAUCUGACUAAAGUUGAUGCAAGGAAACAAAGCCUUUUCAAGUACCAGUGGCCUCUGAAUGGCAGCAACCAAAGUAUGAAAGCAUGUGAUUUAGCUAUAUCUGUCAAAGUCAAGGAUCUCAAGAAGCCUCCAGCUGUAAGGAGCCCAGGUAGGUAUAAGAAGGAAGAACAUAAUGAAGAACCUCCAGCUCAAGUCCUUCCUCAGACCCAAACACAACCUUCAAAAAUCCCAAAUCCUGAGCUCACCAAAAUCAGCAUGCAGUUCAUUCCUCCCAAGAAGAUAAAUUCCCAGAACAGCCAAGAAGUGUUCCCCAGCAGAAUUCAUAGUCUAAAAGGCAAGCCUAAUGAUCCUUCUUCAAGAAGCUCUGUUAAUAACUUUGAAGGCAAGAAAUUGUUAAAACAGAAGAAAUCUAGAGAGAAAACCCUCAGGAAUAAGAUCAAUGUCAAGGUCGACCUUCCUAAGAAAGAGUCUGAAGGGAUCCAGAUCGGAAGUUUUCGAAGGAAAAGAUUCUCCCAACAUAUUGAGUCGGAUAAAGAAAUCCUCUUUGAUUAUCAGAGUUCAAAGGAAAUCUCAGAGAAAGAGUGAAGGAUGAAAGUUGACAAUGUGCCUAACCUAUUUCACAGAAAGAGAACAACCAUCACUCAUUUUGAUAAAGAUGCACCAUCAAUGCUUGAAGAACCUAAGAAUAAUUAUGAAUCUACUUCCGAUAUUUAUGAAAAUAAUCAAAUUGGAACUGAGAAAGUGAAAGAUAAGAGUCCAAAUAAUUUGAGAAAACCAGUUCAAUCUAGGCAUAUUAGAAGCGUCCCAAAUGAAAUGAAUUCAUAUACUGAUAUACAUUCUAAUAGAUAUAAGGAGCCUGAUGCAAAGAUUGCUAAAUUUGGGAUGCUUAUAGCCUCAAAGAAAGCUAAACAGAUUUUUAAAUAAAAUAAAUAAAAGGCCUAAUACUUCUUUGCAUCAUAAAUUAUACCAAAAUAUUGUUACUAGGAAUAAGGCCAAGCAAGUAAAGAACUCCCAUGACUCGAAGAAUAAAAAGAAGGUUAAAAAGAGGACUAAUUGGAGGAAUUUGCUGGAUAAAGUCAAAAAGACCUCUUCAAUUGCAUCGGUCAAGUCAGUCAAAAAGACCAGUAUCAAGCCAGAUUUGAAACUAAAUUUGAGACUUCAGUAUGACAAAAUCACCAAGAGGAAGAUUAUUGCUUAUGAUAAUUAUGAAGACACUGUGAUAAAGAAGAAAUCUCAGAACAAAUUUGGUCCAUUAAGAUCUUCUUCAUAUGAUAAAGAAGGAGAAGAUACAAAAAUAAGACCAUUGACAGUUUUCCAUAACAAACGAAUAUCCUUGACAAAUCUCAGAAUUAGACAAGAGUACAUGGAUUUAGAACGAGCGAAGUACAUUAAAUUCCUCAAUGAAUCACAUCACGAUAUCUCUUAUUCAGAAGCACAUGGCGAAAAUGAAUAUUGUAACUACAGAGAACAAAAAUUGACUCGAAUUCCUCCAGCCAAGAAGCCAAUUGAACUCCCUCGUGAUGCUAGUCCACAAUUCUACCCUGUUCUAAAAGUACAAGGAAAGGCGACUGGUUCGCCUCUGAAAGCACCUAUUAACCAGAUUCCUAAAAACGAACCAUUCCUAAAUACAGGCUUCUACAGUGAGAAUACUCAGAAACAGACUAAUUCUGACCUUGAAUAUCACUUAAACAGUUUUAAUUAA